AGAAGGCGCGCACGCGUUCCGGCAAUGCUGUCGGUGAGCGCGUUCGCCCUGCGACGGCGUCCGGACUGCUCGCACCAGGGCGCCAGGUGGGGUGGUCCUUGUUUCUUCGCGCCACUCGAGUUGCUCUCGACAGAGCCUCCUCCGCCGCAUCAUCGACACGACGAAAGCCACAACAACGGCGGCAUCGGGAUGAAGUGGUCCGAUCACGGCACGCGGCGUCGAGGCGUCGACGCCCAAGACAGCUGCUUCACUGUGCAGAAUGUGAGCGACACGCCGAGCGGCAGUAUGGAGGAUGUGGCCUCAACACAGACAGCGCUAACUCCAUGUUCAAUAUGUGGGAGAACGUUUCGUCCUGAUGCUUUGGCACGGCAUGAGCAAGUAUGCCUCAAAACCAAAUCCAAGCCCCGCAAAGUUUUUGAUUCUUCAAAGCAAAGGAUUGAAGGAACAGAAAUCAAGAAUGCACCCAAGCGUCCCUCUCCUACACCAAAGCCAAAGCCAAAGCCCAGGGCGAACUGGAAAGAGAAGCACGAGGAGCUCAUCCGGACAAUUCGCGCCGCGCGGGGUGAGGACGUUGGGCCGUCAACCGACGCAGCUUCAAAUGGCAGCCGGCCAGCAGUGCCUGCAGGAUAUGUUGAGUGCCCCAGCUGCAAUCGCAACUUCAGCGACCGUGCAGCUGACCGACACAUUGCGUGGUGCCAAGAGAAAAAGAAUCGGAUACCUAAGAGUCCGGCCAGCGCUGAGGCCGUGGAAAGGCUCAAGGCAAGGACUAAGUAUAAGGUCCCAACGCCAGGCAAGAAGAAUGGUACCGUGAGCCCUUCAGGUUCUCAGGGUUCAAAGGAUGGAGGCAGUGGGAGUAGAGUUGCGGUCAACCGAAACCACCAGAGGACCAAGUCAUCUCCAUCGACGCUUGAUACCAAUGGGACAACUACAAACAAGGCAAAGAAGCCAACUAUAAGCCGUCGAGUGAAACCACUACCAGCUCCUGUGAAGCCGAAGCCGCUCAAGCCAGGAGGCGUCAUGAAGUUCAAGGAAAAGUUUCCAAACCAUGUCAGUAGCCCGUAUAGGUAUCCUUCUGAUGACAGCUAUGAUCCAUACAAGAAGGCAGAUAUGCAAAUGCGAGAACUGAUGCAAGGAUCCAGUCUAGCACUGAAGAAACCCAGGACAGUUCCAGGGGUGCGAACCGGUGGUUUAAGUAGCAACAGCAUCAAUGGAAACCUGAGCGACUCCAACAGCUUCACAAGCACCAACAGUGGAUCUGAAAACAAGCUGGAUGAAGAAAUGAACUACCUCAAUGCAAAGUUUGCUGAGCUCUCAAGGCCAGGAUUUACAGGGGAGUUCACAAACAACUGGGCCAAGCGGAUGAACGACAAUGCUGUGGCAACGCUCUCUAUCAGUGACCGUGAUGUUCAAGUCAGCAGCAGUGGUAGCGACGGUUCGUUGCAGGGUCUGGGGCACGGCCUGGAGACCAAAGUUCCUUACCUGUGUCACCAGUGCGGCACCAUGUACCCAGUUACCGCAGCCAAGUACUGUUGUGAAUGUGGGGCCAGGAGGCUCGGUUAUAUCAGCCUGUAUGCGUAAUGACGAGUUGUCCGAAUGCACAGGUACAAGUUGGGACUGGUCAUGACUGCCCUUGAAUGUGCAGUGUAAAAUAUGGAGGCAGAUGCUGUCGAAAUCAUCAGUUGCUCCCUGUGACUCGGAGGCUGCAUUCUAUCUGGCCACACCACACACGAAUGAUUACUUCUUUUCUCUCUCAUUUAUGUAGGGAACUUGCUAAAUGCCCAUUUUGGGAUCCUGAUGAAACAACUUGCGACCUGGCAACAUGUCCGAUAUUGAAUGAAAGAAGUGGAGAUGUCAAAAUUUUACCUUUCAGCUCUUCGCUUCCUUAAACGUAAUAGAAAUGUCAUUCAAAAUCAUGGAGCAUAAGGUCGAGAUUCAAAAUGCAAGUGAGAUUUUUGUUGUGACACCUCUUUCUGUUCUUGUUUUCUGGAAGCAAGUUGCUCAAGAUGAUAUCACCCUGGAUUGUGAAGUGCUAUGUUGAAAAGAUUUGGCAGCUGAAGUGUCAUCUUAGUUUGCCUCUAGAAACAGUAGUGCUGUAGCGUGCACUUUACAUUUCCCUAACCAGUGACAUUAACACUUGCUGCAUUUAAUAUUAGUGUUUGAUAGCUUCAGAAUGCAAGAUUAUCACUAUCGAAAAAUAAAUUGUUCAUUUAAUCACUUCUCAGCAGUGGGUUCAAUGCUGUAAUUUAUAAUUUUUUGUUUGGAUAUCAAUACUCUGGCAAGAAACGUUACACCUAAAUUUUGGGGUCUCUGUUCCUUUAGCAAAAGGGGUACUAUCAUGAACAAAUGAAAAACCAAGUAAGUCAAAUUAGAACAGCAAAUCAGAAAAUUGUGCUUUAAGCACAAGACAAAUUAAGGUCGUUGACCAAAACUGGAGCAGGCUGUGCACAGCUCUAUGUUGGCAAGAAGAAGCAGCACCCUUAUACACAAUGUAUGAGCGAAAAUUUCACAUUAUUUUUGCUUUUUGUUUGCGUUUGAAUUCUCAUGGUUGAGCUUCAUACAUUUACAAUUUUACAACCCUCUGCAAAUGGUUGAUGCAUUUGUACCAUAGGUGCAUUCCAGAUGAAAGAACUGUCUGGCUAGUUAGUCAUAAUUCAUCAUCUACUAAAAUUUUUUUUUAUCAUUGUAGAAAAUAAAGUGAAGAUAAACAGGUGCAUUCAUUGCUUUAUAACGAUGCUCACACAGAAGUAUACUUCCUGUGUCCUUGUUUACCAAACGCUCUGUCUCUUCACUCAUGGCGGGUACUGGUGUGUUCAGCAGUUCCUUAACCUUGUACAAGGUUACUACUGUGGAUAACGAUGAGUGCCCAAUUAAGUUGUCUGCUAGGUGUUCUCUGAAAGCGUCAUGUAUUUCUGCUACAAUGUGUGGUCCUGGUCUGCAGCCUGUGGCAUAUUGUGUGGAUGUCAUGUGAAAGAGUUGCGAGAGGUUGUCUUUUGGAAGUAAUGCCUGCCCCAUGCCACAAUGCGCGAUUCCGAGUUCUGCGUGUGUUACUCGAGUCACUUACACAUGGAAUGCGUGCACUGUUGCUGGUAGAUAGAAGUGCACUUGACUGGAAAUUCUCUCUCCCCUCUGCACGGCACGGCAUUAAUGUUCAUUUUGGCACGCACUGCCUACACUGCACAUUUCCGUCCAUCUAGCCGAAAGUCGCACAUAAAAGUGAAGCUUGUGCCUUUUCAAGAAGAGCAGCGAUUUUAUCUAAAUCCAUUAUUGUUUUGUCACUGCCUUGUGAUCAUUCUCGGUGGUGCAAUUGUCUGACUGACAGUUUCCGUAGUCAUCUCCUUUCAACACAUCUGUGCCGCACACCACCUCUUACUUUUCACAAAAGUUUCCCAGCUUUGCAGUAUGAAAGAAUCCGAUUUCUCUUUUUUUCUAGCACACAGCAUAUGAUCACAGUAUUUAAUAGACCAAACACCGAGCAAGGUACAAUUAAAAGAUACUUUAGCUCCUCCACAGGAACCUUGCUUACAAUCUCCUAAAUGUCUAUUAACAAAUUUUACUUUGGUCAGUGUUGUGUCAGUUAACUACUGUGAUCGUCCCCAAUAAAAUGGGAUUCUAUGAGACUCCUGCAUUUUACGGCUCCCUCUCAUACUUCAGUGUUCAUAAGAACUGCAGUGAGGAGAAUGAUGAUUGAUUUUGGACCACACUAAUAUGCAUCCAGAAGGGACAUUUAUCCUGUGUUCCUUUCUUACCAUUUAAAGUUCAUGUUGUAUCACUUGUUACAGAAGAAAUUUAGGGAAAAGUGUGCAACUUUAAGGAGCUAACAUAUCAUAAACAAUUAACAGCUGUCAGGAGCAUUUACAAACCACGUACACCUUGUUGCUGGCUUAUGACUGCCUGGUGAAAUGUGACACGCUAGGAUAAAAGUCGCAGUGGCACUUCUCUAUCUUCAGAAGAGGAGAUGAAGAGCGAGUGUUUCAAGCAUGGACAGAAAGUGGACAGGAUCGACACCGAGUGCAGCAAAGACUAAAUGUAGCUUUUUUUUUACAGAAUUGCACACAAUUUAGGACUAAAACAGUCAGCCGUUGUGUGUGACUACCAGUGCUAACAUGAUCACAGAUUAUUUUUUCUUCUUUUUUGUUUGUUUUGCCCUUUAUCAUUGGCUGACAUGGCACCAUGCUACCAUUCAUUCUAGAAUCGGUCUUUCAAUGUGGUUGAUGAUAAGGAAGGAACAGUAUCAUAGGGAAAAAAAAAUCAGUGGAACAUACGACUUCAAAUAUCUUGACCCUUUUGUUACACUCUGCUGCUUGACAGUUCUCUCCAAUUCUGACAGUUCGCAUACCCAAGUAGGCUUUGUAAGCUGGGCUAAUGCUGGUCCAACAUUGUCCAAUGAAGGGCCAAUGUAAGUUGACAUUGGUCUUGUUUUCUGUCUUGCUAGGGAUAGGUGGGUACCUGUGCUCUCAAGUGACAGCUGAGCCUACAAAUUGAUUUGCAUAGCCUACAAAGGAAUGUGGUGCUUUAUGUUGCUCUCUUUUGUGUAUGUAUCUUCUGUCUAGUUUAGGCUGAAGUGCCUUAGCAAAGUUCUUGCUGCACACUUCUGUACUGCCAGGCAUGGGAACAGCUGCAUUUGUUCUUAGCCUUUAAUUUCUUUUUGCAGUAUUGUAAAGAAAAAAGCUGACUGUAGAAGCUUAGUCAAAUGGAGACAACUAGAGUGUGUGCUGGAACAUGAGAAAUACUUCUUUUGGUUGUGUGUAAUCGCUGCAUGGCAAGACAAGUGUUGGUUUGAGAGUUAUACAAAUCACUAUUGUUGUGAAGGCAGAAUCAAGCGUGUGUUGCAUCUUUGUCACAUGAAUUUGCUUUUGUUAUGGUGUCCAUGCACUCUACAACAACUAUGUGCUGUCCUUAAGGCUUACUCUUUUUUUUUUUUUCAUGACAUCAUUUUGACAAAGUUAUUUAGCACUGCUUCUUUGUGCCAUGCACCCAUUAACGGGAGUACAGAUGCCUUUGGUAUGUCUCGAAAUUUAAGACAGACUACUACAAGGAUGUGUGUUAACAUUAUGUACAAUCAUUGUCUGCAGUAGUUAGCUAGUCAUGUGAUUUAUUUCAUGCAUGCACUAGGCUAUUGGAUAGUAGCCACUGUUUGCUAGUUUCCUUUUUUAGGGAAGUUUGUUAAUCGCAGUCUUCAGCGAUGCAACUUUUCUUUACAAUGACAAAGAACACACAUGCACCAAGGAAGCCUUUGGCAGCUGUUUAAGCUGUUUCUUGUGGCAUGCGUGAUCCCCUAAUCAACGUCGUGUAAGAUAGUCCUCCGUCUUUUUGCAAUGUCUGAUGAAAGAUAACAGUCUUGGCUUCUGACUGUAGGUACCUAACAGUCCAUGCAAAAAAUAUGUACAGCAACUUAUCAAACAACUUCGAACUGGCAUCUAUCUGUCAGGUGGUGUUAAGAGUGCGAUUGCCUCAGCAUACUUGUUUUUUAACUUUUUGCCCAGUAUUAAUCUUCUGUGUUGCAUGCGUAUCGGUUGUUGUAAAGUUAUUGCAGUUGGUCCACUUUGACUAAAGGUAGCGACCAGGCUGCGUCGGCUCUUGCUUGUUAAAUGCUUGUAUUCAACGUUGAGCAUUCCGUGCACAGCAUGUUCAGCUUGCUGCAGCUGGUUGAAACGAGGCACACAUUGUCGAGUAUAUGUGCUUCCACAGAACAGUUAUGUGGUCAGGUUGUUAGAUGUGGCGCUCUUCACGGUCCUUUUGGCGUUUUGAAUAGUCGAGGUUGCCGCACGUUCCUUAUUUCUGGCUCGUCAUAUUGGCAAGGUUUUUUUUUUUUUUUUUUUUUUUUGCAGAAUCUCUGUGCUUGUCACGCAGUCUUUCCUCGGUGAAAGUUUGUGAUGGGCAGUCUGUGUAAAAAGUUUUAAAGGUGCUGCAUUCAUGACUGCACCUGUUAUUGGACCCCACAUAUGAGGGCCACGUACCUCUUUUUCCCUGUGUCUUCAUAUUGGCGAGUUUCUUUCAGAAUCUGUGCCUGACACAAAGUCUCUCCUCAGUAAGAGCUUCUGCCAUGCAGUCUUUGUAAAGAAGUUCCGAAGGUGCUGCGUUCAUGACUACCUGUCAUUGGCCACAUACCGAGGGCCACAUACUUCAGCUACUCAAAAGCCAACAAGAUUUUUAAUGGCCGUGCUACAUUUUUUCGAAGUUUUGAGCAGCAGGCCUGCCUCAGGAGCCAGGCAGCAGAUGUUUUCACUCAUAGAGCAGCUUCAAAACUUCCAACAAAAGCCAUAUGGGCAAGCUGUAUUGAAAUGCAAACAGGAAGAAGCAAAGUAGAAUCCAUCUCAUAGGUGAUUACUUAUCGUUCUAAUUUGUGACCGUGCUGUAAUCAGCAUAUGAACUUGGCCCGGCUCCACAAAGAAUUGUCUGCCAAUACAAGCCUUAUAAGGGAAGGCAAGGCAGGGCUAUCGAUUUGUUUUUGUCGGUAAUGUUUCAUUCUUGCUUGACAAUACAUUCAGGCAAUUUUUACGAAAGGCAAUGCUUAUCAGAAAGCAUUUUGUUCACAUCAAGAAAGAUCAACCUUACUGCUCUUUCUUUUUCUUGAUGCAAGUUGACUUAUGCAAGUUGACUUAUAUCUCUCUUUCAAUAUGGCACAAUGUGCACAACCUUCAUUUUGAAUUGGGCCUAUCCAAAAUAAACCUCUUGUACCUACUAACUCUUGUGCACAUAAUAUUGUACAUCACUUAGUUUGCUUGCCAAAAGCUAUGGGCAUUAUGGAAUUACUAUCUCUUUCUUUUUUUCUUAAAGACCAAAAACGAUUGAAAGUGGUGUGCAAGGAUUGAAAUAGUUAAGGAUAUGCCAUGACUUUCAUUUAUCUGUUAAAAUUUUAUUGUUAUUGCUUCUAGCUUUUGUACCUUCAGAAAUGAACAUAAAAUGUGGCGUCUUCUUGAAGUAUUUUGUUCAUUUAAAGUUUACUAGAGCGUUCUUGUUUGCGGAUGAACUCUUCUUGAACAUUUUUGUCACAUUGCUUGCAGAGAUGGUGUGUACACAUUUUGGUGUGAAAAAGGUGGGAACUUCUUCAUGCCCUUUUACAAGAUGUUAUUUCUGUUUCAUGUUGCCCUUGAUUUUCACUAUUCUCUAUGUUGAAUGUUUGUUAUCAAACCUGUAAUAAAGUGUAGCAUCAAAGUGUUGCAAGGCCUAGUGCCACCGCUGUGCAUGUGCUCCCUAUGCGUGCCAUUGUCGACUUUCGGUCGUACUACUGUGAACAAGAAUUCAAAUAAAUGUGAUGACUUCCGCA